ACACAGUAUAUGGCGGCGGCUUCUCCCGUAGCUGGUACGCCGGGAAGGCUUGGCUAGCUGGGUGCAUUCAUGCUAAUGCUGUAUUUUACUUUCCGUGCUUGCUUUUUAAAACAACGGGGACAGAUCCAGCAUGGACAGUUACCGGAGUGAGGGAUAUGAAGCAAAACACCAGGGCACACAUGGAUAACUCUGUAAAGCUAGCCAUAUUAGAAAGGUGAACAUCGCUACGCAGCUGGAUGACGCCCACAGGAUUGCGGUGAGGAAACAUAAUGAGGAGGUGGAUAAAAACAGCCACAUUUUACCCAAGAUUAUCGAUUGUGUGAAGUUUUGUGGGACUUUUGAGUUGGCCUUGUGUGGGCAUGACGAGACUGACUCGGACUCCUCGGACAACCCCCCCAUUUUCUGGGGCUUGGUGGAUUUUGUUGCCGUCUCUUGACAGUGUGCUGGAGGAGCACCUGAAGACAGCUACCGUUUUUAAGGGCACGUCAAAGACGAUACAGAACGAGCUGUUGGACUGCAUGCUGUCAGUGCUUAAGGAUUACAUCCUGGAGGAAGUAAAGAGUGCUGAUUUUAUCGCCAUUCAAGCCGACGAGACGACUGACGUUUCCACCCACUGCCAGCUGGUGCUUGUGCUACGCUACAUCGAUGCUAACAGUAACAUCCAAGAGUGGUUUUUCGAGUUCAUUAGCAUCCAGAGCGCAACCGCCGACACCAUCGCUACAGCGCUGCUGGAGAGGCUCAGCACCAUACUCUCACAUGGACAAAAGGCCAAACUUAUUGCCCAGGCUUACGACGGAGCAAGUGUGAUGAGGGGAGCCACCGGCGGAGUGCAGCGUAAAAUAGUGGAUGUGUACGAAAAUGCGCACUACGUCCACUGCUACGCACAUCAGCUGAACCUCAUCAUGCAGCAGGCUACUUCACGCAUCCCCAGGAUCGGCACUUUCUUUUCCGACCUUGCAGGAUUUUCUGCUUUCUUCUCCAGGUCUACCAAGCGAACCACCAUGCUUGACCAAGUGGUUGCGCAUAGACUCCCCAGAGCCUCUACAACACGGUGGACCUUCCACAGUCGCGCUGUAAACACUGUGUACAAGCACAAGGAUGACCUCCUAACGUGUUUCCAGACCAUCAGAGACUCUGGGAACUUCGACCCCCCCGACUGUCAGAGAGGCUGGGGGCUUUGUGAGGAAUGCUCGAAGACGAGGCUCUCUAUUUUUUCCUGGCACUGUUCCACAAGAUCAUGCCAAAUGUGGACAUGCUUUUCAGCCAGCUGCAGAAGAGGAACAUCGACCCUGUCUUCAUACUAACAAUCAGGGCCUCCAUUCCCUCUUUGUGUGGGGACAGCGCAUCUGACGAGCAGCAGCAGCCCAUAAAGCGAUGGAGUAGCUGGGACCAGGAGAACAACAGAGGCUGGCUACAGAGGUAUGUGAUACUAUCCUGAUUCAUGACAAGGAGAGGUUCUCCUUCACCCAGCACCUCAUCAGCGCAACACUGUUGCAUGGAAAGUUGUUCCCACAACACAGUGUGAAGUUCCCCGAUACAGCGCUUGAAACAACCGUGGAGGCGUACCUCAUGUUGAACAAGGCCAAGCUCAAAACCGAACUGUCCCUCAUCUAUGAGAACAGUGAGUUCAAGGCUUGUAGUGGUGCAGUGCCUCUGUACCAGUUCUUCACCGCAGCACUGACCACAUGUUUCUUUGUAUAUAGUUGACCUUUGCAAAAAAAAUCAUCCAGUUAUAUAUGGUACUCUAGAAAGUCUUCAUAGUGUGUUUGCUAAUAUUACUGUAUAUAUGUUGUUUUGUAUCAAUUCAUUGUUGCAGCUCUCAGCGCUAAAAACGCGUUUGGUGGACACAAGCCCUAACUCAGACAAUUCCAAUCACAUUUAAAGGACAUCGACUGAUUAUCGUUAUCGCCAAAAUCCCCAAAAAUAUCGCCCACCCCUAAUUCAAAUCAUGAAAUAUCACCUUUUUACACCAUUUUAAAUUUAGUGACAAGAGAGUGCUAACAAAUACAUUAAACACAUUUAACAUAAAAUAAGUUUUUAAACUGUAUUAGCAAGCAAACUCCAUUGUGAUAGCUCCCUAAGACCGACAGAGUUGCCUCAAAUGAGCUUAUAUAGCAGUGCUAGCAUAAACGUAUUGGCUUAAAACUCUCCAAAGGCACACAAUAGCGCCAAAAUAUGACUUAACAUUAAACCCUAUGUGUAACAAAGUUGUAACAAACCUUGUGCCCUUAUCAGCUGGGUGCUAGGUAAACAAAAAUGUAUCAUUUGGACAUUAGGCUAGCGCUUUGUCAUGCUGCCACACUUGAAGAGCGACCAUACACCUUUUUCCGGCAAGACCCCUUUCAAAAUAAAAGCUCCAACCUCAAUAUCAAAAUAAUAGGCCCGAUAAUAGUUUAACUUAACAAUAACACAUAAAGGAUUAAUAC